AUAAGUAACUUCCAAUUACGACGACCUGGCAAAGAGAAACAGACCAGGAUAUGAAAUUAUAUACAUGGAUUGUGCGAAGCUUGUACCAAACCAUGUCCCUACAACAACAAGUAAAAGCAGUAGAACGGUUCAAAGCAGGCAUCGUGGCUGUCCAAUAAUUGCGAUGGACUGGAAGCGGCGUUAUUCACAGAGGAAAUUAUGAUUUUUUUGUUGUAAUUAUGAUUUUGUUGUUGUUAUUGUAAGGGCAAGCACCAAAAUCCGCACCGGGUUGUGGGAUUGAUGGUGCUCCAGUCGAAAGUUUCCAGAAUUAAGCUCAGCAGAGGAAACAGCUAUCGCAUCCUUUGUUGAUUAUGAUCGUAAUUAUCAAACAGAAGCCUCUACAAUUCCCUGAAGAAAUGUAAACUACACAAAUUUUAAACUCCAAAACCUUGGACUGUACAAAUUUAUAAUUCCCAACCACACAACUGCGACUGGAUCUAAAAAAAUUGCUAUCAAUAAAAAUUGCAUGAGCUAAAACCGCAACAGCAUAAUCAUCAUCCAGUUUUGCACAAUCAUAAGACCAAGCGUCGACCAGCUAUGAAGCAAACGCUUGAGCCAGACACUCCAGGCAUAAAUCAAAAAUAGCCGCCCUGGAGCAGCAACUGUAAGUAACACUGGGAUUAUGGGGUAUGGUGACAGUAAAAGUGAAAAGCCACACACAACAAUCAAUUAAGGGCAAUUACUAUUAAAGCAGUGACGAAGCACAGCCUCGGUGGCUCGGUGACUUUAGCGACGACACAAACGAUCAAACAGAACGAGCUUUGAGAAGCGCGCAAGCGAACCACAGUCGCUGUCUAGCCAAGCAGUGAACAGCAUGCCCAUACCCACAGCAACCAGCAACCAACGGUCACCAAGCUUCAUUCCACAGGAGCUACGUCAGCUAGCGUCAGCUUGAAAUUGCUUACGCGUCAAUGGAAAGCAAUGUAGCAGAGAAUUUUCACGAAUCAAGGAAGGAAGGAAGGCAGCUCCACAGUCAUCACAAUAAUAAUAAUGCAACGAAACCGCCGCCGCGUCGGUGUACAAUGGGUGGUGGGCGGUGAGCGGUGGAGCCCAAGAGCUAAAGAGCUGCAGCGUGUCGAUGGCUGAGCCUUAGCCAGUCAGCGAGUGCAGAAGCCUCAAAGUAAUUUAAGCAAAUUUACACUUCAGACACUCAUUGAAAGUAAACAACAAAUACAAUGACAACAACUAAAACAACAACGAAUGAAUUAAAAACAAACAGUUAUAGCAAUCGGCAUUUACAGUUGUAUGUACUCGUCUGUAUGCGACGACAACGAGAGCGAGUGAGUAUAACAUUAACAGCAACAGCAACAACAACAUUCAUAAUAUAUUUGUAAAACAAAAGCAGCCGUAAGCUGUAAAGGCAAAAGCACGAACAAAAACGCAAAGCAACAUGCCGCGCCACGCAAUGUUUGAUUAUGGUAAAAGGCAAGGCAACAACAACAACAAGAACAACACAAUACAAACGAUUACAGAGAACAAUGCUUUUUUGGGAGAGUAGCCGAGUAGGCAAAUAGCCGAAUGGUCGCAGCGUGAGCAGCGCAGCAGCCCGCAUACUGAGUAUGCGCUAAAAAGCGAUUGUGGCGAACGACAACAACGAUUGCCACCGACAAUGAUUGUGUUGGUGGCGAUGAUGCCACAAAACAGACAAGCGCCAACCGUACACACACACAGUGGAGUCAGCACGCGUGCAGUAAAGCCAGCAAGCCAGGCUAGCAGCAGCACUAUUCAACGAAGCGCAGCUGCACGCCAGUCAGUCAGUCAGUCAGCCAGCCCGCCCGCCAGCCUGCAAGCUAACUAGUCAAGUAACCAAGCAACCUAACAAGGAACGAACCGACCAACCGACCGACCGUCCAUUGCUAGCAUUCAGCCAGGCUACAGACUCCAAUAUAAACUGGAGCAACGCACGUACGCUUCGCGCAAAGCAGCACCAGCAGAUGAAAAACAAAAGCUAAAGCUAAAAAACGCCACUCACAACAAAACACUCUCACGCGCCUCGUCGUCGGCAGUGCAGCAGUCGUCGCUGUUGGAGCAACAAUGAGAUAUCCCGACAAAGGAUAACAGCCCUUGGAACACGUACACAUACAAAAGUGAACGAAGUUCAAAGCUUUUAUAUACGUACGUAGAAUGUUGGAAAACGCAUAACAGCUGGUGGAUGCACAGUGUAACGCAGCAGAAAAAUCAACAACAAAAAACAACAACAUUUAAAUUACAACAAAAAAAAUAAUUGCGAACUAAAAUAAAUUGCCAACGAAAGAGCGCCGUAAUUACAAGGUUAUAAAAGAGCGAACGGAAGUGCCAGCAAACAAACUGAAAACAAAUAAAAAAUUCGUAAAAAACGAAAUUUCCAAAAAAGUGCAUUCGGAAUUUUUUGAACGCAACGAACGCACUGCAUAAAUUAUAUAAUAUUUGAAAUCAAAGUAACACGGCGACAGCAUGUCGAUAAAAGCGAGACGCACGAAGUUGACAUUACACACGACAACAGUGAAAAUGAAGUUGAUUUGACCACGGCACUGACGGGUGUCAGUGCCGGAGCAGCAGCAGCAGCAGCAAGAACAAUUACGCACAGCCGUUGGUGCGGUAAAAGCACUAACAACAGCAGCAACAACAACAACAAUAGAAAGCGCAGUUCAAGCAACAGCAAUAACGGUAAUAGCCGCCACACAGUGGAGUUGUGCUACUGGCGGCGUUGGACUUGGUUGUGGCAGCGGCAUCAACAAUGGUUGUGGCGCCAACGUGCAUUGGCUUCUUGGCCAUUGCAGCGCACCAAAGCAGCUGCAGCAGCAUAUAGCAUUGGCCGUUGUCAGCUGCAAUCAGCUAUCAGACAACUAAAUAUUUACUUUAAUCUCUUGCAUAUAUACUGUAUGUUUAUACUUAAUUACUUUACGGAAGGUAGCAGGAGUAACGGUAGUGGAAGCACAAGAGAUGGCAGUGGAAACAGAAGUGAAGGCAGCAGCAAGCGCACGCCUGCAAUUAAUGUUGCGUAUACGCCAUGUGCAACCAGCAGUGAUGGUAGCAGCAGUAAAGUUGUUGUACAAAAUGCGACUACAAUAACAACAAGCAGCAAUUUGAACCAACCAACAGCAAUAACACCAGAGGUUGCGUAUACGUCAGGUAGGCCAAUUGAAAGCAGCCGAAGUGAAGUUGCGUAUACGCCAUGUCGCACCAGCAACUCGGCACACAGCAGCCGACUUCGCUGUAGCUGCCACAUUGAUGUGCUCAAAUCAAACAUCAUCACCAAAAUCAACUGCAAUGAAUUGAUGUUUGUGCAAGCAAUCAGUCACGUUGGCAGCUGUGACCAAAUAUCGAACGACACGGUGGGCAAUCAGCAAACAGUGGCCGGCCAAUACAACAACAAUAAGUGCGGAGAAAAACAGAAGGGCAGUAAGUGGCAUAAAUUGUCUGCAACGCUAUUGGUUUUAUGCUUGUUGUUGCAGCAGCAUUUAGUGGGUGGUGUGUUGUUGGUGACAAGUUGGUUUGGCGAGCAUUUUACAAGUGACUUAAUUAGCAUGCAAGGUGUUGCAAUGCGGAGGGGAAAUACAGCAGAAAUAAGAAAAACAGUAGAAAUAAGAAGAACAGCAGCAACAACAACAACAUCAGUUUCAAAAACAACAACAACAACAAAAGCAGCAGAAACAACAUUCACCACAACAACAUUAACAUCUUCAUCAACAGAAACAACAACAACAGCAACUGCAGCAUUAACAACAACAACAAUAAUAAAAUCAGCAGAAACAACAACAACAGCAGCAGCAAAAUCAAAAAUAAUUUCCAUUGAGCUUUCGCCAACACCAACGACAAAAUGCCAUUUCAUCCACACACACACGAACACAACGAUCAAAAUCAUUGCAGCAGCAAUCAAAAAAACAUAUAACUGUAGAAAACGCAGAAGAAGUCGCAGCCGCAGCCGCAGCUGCCGCCGUAACUCACCAAAGCCUAGUUGUUGUCGAGCGCAUAGCAUUGACAGCCUAAGCUUCAGCUAUACAACGCCACUCAUACAACAACUGCAACUAGUUAUUCAAGGAAUUUGCAUUAUAAGACUGAUAUCAUUAAAGAGAUUUCUACAAAUUCCUAAGCAACAAUCAAACAAAAAUGUACUAUUUCAUAAGCGUUUACAAAACUGCCGAAGCGUCAUGGCAGCUGUUGUCAGCUGUCGAUUAGUGCAAAGCUUACGAAAGCAUAUAGCUAAAACAACUACAGCAACAGCAUCCACAACAACAACACUGAUGACAGCGCGAGUGCCAGAGCUGUCACUAGAAGCGUCUCCCUCAACACCCACACAACCGCUGCAGACGACGACGCCGCAAACUAAGCACGCACAAGCACAGACACAACAACCACAACCGCAACUACAGUUAGCCGACACCCACACAUUGUCACAACCAGCCGCAUCACUCGCGCCACCUCAACUGCAACCACAAACACAUAUUCGCGCCCAACCGCAACUCAUGCAGCAACCAACAGCAGCGCCGCUGCACAUGCAGCUACAACAAAAUGCAAAACGCCAACAACAACAACGACGACGACUGGUAGAAAAAUUCACAAAUAUCACUUGCGGUUUCGCUCAGCACCUCGUCGCGUUGUUGUCGCAAUGUUUUUGUCACUUUCAUUUUAUCACGCAUCGCUUUCGUGUCUGCCGCUGGCGUUGGCAGUGUCGUUCAUUACCGUUGUUACAUCGCUCACUCACUGUGCUGAUUUUGUUAUCUUCAUUGUGGCAUGGCACUGAGUGUUUUCACGGCAGCGUCAAGUUGAGUGCGAAUACGGUGAAGACGAAAUACGGUCUGCUGCGCGGCAUUGUGGUGCGUUCGAGUCCGAUGGUUGAAGCGUACUUGGGUAUACCGUAUGCGUCGCCGCCAGUCGGUAGUUUGAGAUUCAUGCCACCCAUCACGCCAUCCACUUGGAAGAAUGUCAGGAAUGCAGAUCGCUUUUCAGCCGUAUGUCCACAGACUGUGCCCAUACCGCCCAAUGGCCCCGAGGCAUUGCUGGAAGUGCCGCGAGCACGCUUAGCGCAAUUGCGUCGGUUGCUGCCGUUGUUGAGCAAUCAAUCGGAAGACUGUUUAUAUUUAAAUAUUUAUGUUCCAUAUGAAAAUCGACGCAAAAGACGCUCCGCCAGCUCCAUGGAGCACACGCACGAUCCGCCAACAUCGCUACUCGCCACCGUACUACUCUUACAUGGCGAAUCGUAUGAAUGGAAUUCGGGCAAUCCAUAUGAUGGUUCGGAGUUAGCGGCGCAUGGUAAUAUCGUCGUAGUGACGAUUAACUUUCGGCUCGGCAUAUUUGGUUUCCUCAAAACGGGCGGGAAAGAGAGCGCGCAGGGAAAUUUCGGGUUAAUGGAUCUCGUAGCUGGUUUACAUUGGCUGAAAGAGAAUCUACCCGCUUUCGGCGGUGAUCCACAGCGCAUAACAUUGCUCGGACAUAGCACAGGCGCAGCGUUAGCCAAUAUAUUGAUGGUGUCGCCUGUGGCUAGCGAUCUUGUACAGCGCGCUGUGUUGGUUAGUGGCUCUGCGCUCUCACCGUGGGCCAUACAAAAGAAUCCGUUGUUCGUAAAGCGCCGCGUUGCCGAACAGACUGGUUGUCAUGGCGAUAUGUUGUACGAUGAUUUGGCACCGUGUCUGCGCACGAAGACGGUGGCUGAAUUGUUAGCCGUGAAAAUCGAUCAUCCACGAUUUUUGAGUGGCUUUGCGCCUUUCAUCGAUGGCACAGUCAUAUCGCCGAAUACCGAUCCAAUUGGAGAAUUAUCGUUACCUUUAGGUUCUGCUAUUGUUAGUACAUCAGGAAUUGAAUUUGCAAACUUUCCAAAACGCGACCUCAUUUUUUGCCUUACCUCAGUGGAAUCGUAUCUGGAUUUGAGUGCACAAGAUUUGGAAUUUGGUUUUAACGAAACACGACGUGAUCGUAUACUAAGAACAUUUGUUCGUAAUAAUUUUCAUUAUCAUUUAAAUGAAAUAUUUGCUGUGUUAAAGAAUGAAUAUACCGAUUGGGAAAAGGCUAUACGCAGUCCCCUGAGCUCACGUGAUGCUACUCUCUCCUUUUUGAGUGAUGGGCACACUGCAGCAGCGCUGAUCAAACUAGGUUAUAUGCAUAGUUUACGUGGUGGUCGCAGUUAUUUUAUACAUUUUAAGCAUAGAACAGUCGAAGAGGAGUAUCCGCAGCGAACCGGUUCCGUUCGUGGUGAAGAUGUGCCUUUUUGGUUAGGAUUACCCAUUUCACCACUAUUCCCGCACAACUAUACAACUCAGGAGAAACAGAUUAGUCGCCUUAUGCUGCGCUAUCUCGCGAAUUUUGCGAAAACGGGCAAUCCAAAUCAUUCAGGUUUAGACACACCAUCCAUAGCGGCAUCAGUUGCAUCAAGAUCAACGGGUUACAAUGCCGCCACACAACAACUCGAUCAUGGCAAAGUGAAACGCGCCUCACUCAAAACACUAAACGCCGUCAAUAAGUUCUUCAAUCUCACCAUACCACAUCAACUGAGUCUGCAACAUGCCAAUUUGGUGGACACGAGUAGUGGCACGAUCAAUUUGGCGCUCAUCUACAAUCAGCGACGUAGCGGUGCGAUGCGUGAACGACGCGCUUACUAUAAACGACAUAUGCACAACAACAACAACAACAACAAUAAUAAUAACAACAACAACGAAUCGAAUGAAUUACUGAAUGCUGCUUUGAGAUUUGUCGCCGAUGAACCGAGCCUGGGUCAUGGUGAACAUUUGCCCUUUUGGGAUGCCUACGAUGUGGUGAAUCAACUCUACUUGGAAUUGGGUAAUAAAGCGGAGGUGCAGAGUCAUUAUCGCGGUCAUAAAUUGUCAAUGUGGUUGAAUUUGAUACCACAAUUGCACAAGCAUUCCAAUAUCAAUGAUCAGUCCAUGCGCCAUCAUCAGUUCCCGGAUGAUAAUAGUAAUCGUGAUUUGUACGAAGGUGUCGUACGCCCACAAAUGCAAACGAAACCGGCCGAUGAUGAGGAUACUGUCGUGGUGAAGACGCCAAAAUCCACCACAGCCACCAAAGCUGUGAGUAAUAACACGAAGGCUGGUGUUAAUACAUUGAUUGGCGCUACAACAACAGAAUGCAACCCUGAUGGCACAAUAUAUGCGAAUAUUGGUGACAGCGCAUCCACACAACAACCGACAGCAACAGAUAAUCGCUCAGUGCUGGAUAAUGGUGGUCAACAAAAAGACCUGGCCACCGCCUCCACAGGACUAAUCGGCAAUUUGGAAAUGUUUCGACGACUUAGCGGCAAACAAUUCCCCAGCUACACCACAGCUCUAAUUGCCACCGUCGCCGUUGGUAUUUUCCUACUCACGCUCAACAUACUCAUCUUCGCGGGCAUUUAUCAUCAACGUGAAAAGCGUGCACGUGACGCAAAAACCAAAGAGGAACUACAAGACACAAACGAACCGGGCAAAACUGCCAGCAUACUGAAACUGAAUGCGCUGGCCGACGACGAGGGCAGCUUGCAUUUUGAUGCGCUCACCAGCGGCAAGAGCACGGUGCUGUUCGGCGAAUACAACUACUACGAUGAGAAGCCGAAAUGCGGUAAGGAUGAGAAGCUGCUCGUCGACUUGCCGUCCACACAAACAACCGCACAUAUGGAAUUGAAUUGGCCCAGCAGCUCGAGCAGCACAUUGGACUUGCUAAAGACGAAGCAUCACAGCGCACACGAUGCGCCCAGCUACAGUGGCAGCAAGGAUGCGGCGGUUGAUAUGCAACACUUGCCAGCCAUUAGCAAUAUCGAAAUGGCCACAUACGGCACACAAAUGCCACUGGCACCCGGUAUAGCGGUGCUCGAAUCAGCGUUGCUGCCGAGCCGACGUAGCUCAUUUAUGGCCAGCGGCAGUCAAACGUCAAUGCAAUUUGAUUAUGCUGUACAAUCGUCCGAUCAGUUGUCGUUUAAGGAAAUCGAGAAUGCUGUCAAAGUGUCCACCGAUGAGAUUGUCAAUGAUUUGGAUGAUGAUGAUAUACCAGAACCGCCACCGCCACCAAGAUCAUUUCAAAGCGCACAUCUGCAGCAGCAACAACAACAACAAGGUGGCAUCUUGCGUUCGUCGGGCUCAAAUACGGUUUCGUCGACGAGCGGCAAGAAACGUGUACAUAUACAAGAGAUUUCGGUUUAGUCUUACUCAACUACGAAUACUUAUGUAGGAUAUGCAUACAAUUACUAAUGAAUACUAUAAUGAAUAUCGUACAAUGUACUAGCUAUUCCACAUACACAUACGAAUUGGUUUUCCGCUUUCCUUUGCGUUAGUUUAGAAAUUCAUUAUUUUUUACUUAAUUUUUUUUUAACAUUUUACCGUUAUCUUAGCAAACAAAUAGUUCCACCAUGCAUGUAGUUACUGCAACUACAACAUGAUUUAUGCUAAUUAUAAUUAGAUUAGACAUUUUCAAAAUGUUUUACCUUGAUUUUUGCUCCGCUUUUUGGUGGCGCCCACAAUAUGACUAACUGGCUUCUUAUUUAGCGUAUAAAACCUAGCAUAUUCUGCUGUAAAUUAUAUUAUAUUUACGUAUUAUAUAUAUAUAUAUUAUAUUUAGGAAAAUUUCAGAUACAAUACGUAGAUUUGUGCGUAUUAAAAUAAAUAUAAAAAUUAAAUAAAAAAAUAAUUAUUUAUUGUAUAA